AUGAAAACCGAGUAUCCGCUUUCUUCUCGAACGCGUCUUUCUGAACUUUCCUCGAUACUCAUUGACUAUCACUCAGACGAUUUGGAAACAUCUUCGAAAUUUUUCACUGCCUACAACUGCCUCCGAUCCCGCCCUUUGGGGGAAAAUGUUGUUCCUGCUUCGACAGAUGCCCAGAAUGACAUUCAGGUUUCGCGACUGAGUGCCACGAACCAAACAGCAUUCUGUGGUGUGAACCUGCUCGUCCGCAAUCUUCAGCUGACCCAACCAUCCAGUGAACGCAAUCGGUUGUUACACCCACGUGUGGUCAGUUUGAACUACCCCAGUAAGCUCAGUCACACUGGGGCGUCACCACGGGAUCGUGGUAACAGGCAAUCCGGGUGCGAGCCACCUCGGUCCCGAUCGAAGUCACCAGCUGUGCAGCAGUCUCACAAUCUGGGUGCGAUGUCUACCGUUAACUUGGAAGCCUCCAUCCAAAUACGCGGAGCAGUACUACUCCAAAGGACACGCAUGACCUCCAGUGUUUCGUUGCAUAGAGUGGCCAAACCGCUAUUUUGCGGCCUCACUGGACGAGACCAGCAAAAUAUGGUAGCGUUUGCCCCCAAAAGCUCACAACCAGAAUUGUUGAUGUUUUUGGAAAUUCCUCGGACUGAAGACUCCAAUUCUGGCGAAGUUCAGUUUCGAGUAUUCACUGCUCCUGAUGUGUCUCCAGGGAGCGUGUUGGCGGAUUUUACGCCCACCCUGAUCUGUCAGAAUGACCUGGCACUGGACAACAUACAAAAUGCUCUAUCCUCUGUCACGAACCGUAAUUCAAAAGGGACCAUUUGUAUGUCACUGAAUUUGUUUUCACCCGGGACUGGCCCUUCGCAAGAGUCUGGUAGUUCACCAAAUUCAUCAGUUUGGGGCCGGCUGGACCUCGAGCUGGAACCCGUGCUUCCGACCACCGGUGUGGUAAACGAAGGUGCAACAGUGGAACCGACGCAACCUGUGGACGCUCAUUUGGAGAAGUUGGAUAAGCAUUCUGCACUACCAGCAUUGAAGAGACCUUCGGAAUCGAGGAUAACCACGAAUUCGCCCUCAGGAAAUAGGAACCCCCUCCAACCUAUACAUUUGGAGACAUUUCUGUCAGUUUCACGAGGUCGUGGUAUAUACAUAGCGAAUGAUGAUACAUCUUGCUCCGGGACACCGAAGACAGGCAUCCGACAUUCAUACUUAACCCUCCGUCUACCUUGGUGUCAGGAUAGAAGUUCUGCGGUCGAAACGUCCAACAAAGUCGGUUGCACCAGCUCUGCGCCUUGCAGCUUUGAAGACCAAGCACCUGUGUAUAAUUUCCAUCUGCGAACGAGUUGCACAUUAAACGAGGCCAUUCUGAACAAUCUCUUGAAUUCUUUUGCGGUGAUAGAAGUUUGGAUAAAACUGGAGUCUGAUUCUGUCGAUCGACUAGCCGGUUUGACCAAGAUUCCAACAAAAAAGAUGGUCACUUUGUUCAACAUCGUGGACUCAAAAAGUGGUACUGUCCUGCCGAAGAAAGAAUCAGUCUUGCAGUCUUUGCUCAGUUUCCAGAACCCAAUGAUUUUGCUCGACUCUUGGCUGCCCAUUACGGAUCCUUAUUCCGGUUCACAGCGUGGUGAACUUCACGUACGUUUGGCGGUCGGUACAAAGCAGCAGAUAGAUCGACUUGUAGGUGAAAACACUGAUACGAUGCUACCACACGAUACGGUGAAUCGACCAGACUCUACUGGAAUUCAGAUGAUGUCGGUGGAGACCGAUCACACUGAUGUCAUCUACGUGGAACAUUCCCUGACUGUGACUAUUGAAAACCUCCGGGAGUUCGAUCCCCAUAUCGCUCUGGGAGAAAAUUUCGAGUUUGGUGGCGCGGUGCCUUGGGGUGAUUGUGACUGUUUCGUACAAUACCAUUUUCCAUCAGGUGGACAAUCCGGGACUGUAUCCACGUACCGCACUCCGGUUCAACUCCUUGUUGCUCCUGGCUGCGAUACACUGGUGGGAGAUGUUCCUGUUAUACAUCAUCAAGUGUCAUGUAGCUUUUCGGCCGGCCCGAACAAACGGAAGGGAUCGCAUUGGAGCCAGACUCAUCAAACAACCCUCCGUUGUAGACAUCAACCUGGAGCCGAGCUGAGCAAGUCAGUUACUAACGCGUUUCUCAACUGGCUUCAUGAAAAUCUCAGUCACAAUUCGACGGAAGAAGGCUUAACCAUGGAAUUAUGGCUACGUGUUUACUCUCCAAACCUGCUCGAUCGCCUCGUAGCACGUGGAAACCUAUCCAGCGAAGUUCUAGCAUAUCUAAUGAACCACGAUCCCGAAACUGAAAUGAACAUAGAGCGCCGAGCCCGUUGUGGGGUAGAACUUUUCAGUAUUCACUCCUCUCAACCGAAUGGUCGAUUGGGCAUCUUUCUGUUGUAUGGCAAUCGCCUUAUUGACUAUCCGCCGUUGGAUUUACGAACAAAACACUACAGUCUGCGCACGGAAGGAACAGCUACCUACAAAGUCACUCCGUCUUAUCCCAAAUAUCGCUCAACCCGGUGUAAAGUUACGUGUUCAGCUACAUCGCUUCACGGGCCUGGAACUGCAUUNCGCUUCACGGGCCUGAGAACUGCAUUCAGGAAUGCCGGACCCUUUGCGUUCUGUGGACACGUACGUCUCCACUGCAUGCUUAUUUAUCCAACGUCAUCCAGUUCCGGAACAUGCAACCUACCGGGUAAAUGUGUCGUACUUGUUACAGCGACGUCGCGCCAGAUACGGGGAUCCUUUUGUGACGAUGACAUAAACACUGUCUUGGAAAUGGUACUCCCAGUAUCCUGGCGCGUAUUGGUAGUUGGAGCGAAAACAGAGAUAAUGCAUGAAAUCAGUCUGAUUGAAUUGCUACUGAAUGGGGCAAGCUCACAGCAACAGCAGCUUAUCCACUGGACUUCAUCCCGGUGGUGUUUACUACUUCAGGUGGACGUCUGGCAAUCGGACACAUCCAGUCUUGCACAGACUGAUGUCGCAUCAUCCGAUUACCGUAUGGGAUGGAAUUUGUCAGACUUUGGUGACAAGUACCGUUCAGUAUGGCCCGGACCAGGACACAAACUUGUCAGCAGUACGCGCAUACCUCUAGCAGGACUGAUUCUGACGAGGAGUGCCAAAAUACCUGCACAAUGGUAUCCUCAAUGCAGCUUCGCAUCGAAUCCAGGCGAUCGAAAUCCCUCAUUUGGAGGAGGUUAUUUUGUCGGUGGAGUCGAGGUUAGCGCUGAACUUCCUGGUGGCACAGAAACAAAGCUUCAGUUGCUCGAUUACCUUAGUCAAUUGGGAAAGGCUGAUACCGAACAAAACCGCUGUUUUCAAGAUUGGAGUCAGUCGUUUUCACCUAACCGAGAGUUGUGCAUGAACCUCAAGCAUCAGUUGAAACUACGUGACCGUUGGCAAAAUGGCACCGAUGAGCGUGGAUGCCACUACAAGCAGUUCAUUCUGAAUUUGGACGCUAUUCGCUUGCCAUCAGAAUUUCUGUUGCUCCAAGACUCAUCUCAAUGGGACGCGGAACAAAUUAGAUCCUGGUUUUCAACACCAGAGCGUCACAGACCAUUUGCCUUCAUUAGGUUUAGUUUCUACAGAAACGGCAUUCAAACGUCUCGGCUAGUCCCGCUCCCCGUCAGCUACCAAGAACGGGCUUCUGUCGUACUUCAACUCAAUGAAACGAAAGAUUGCAAUUUUCCAAUCAGUGAAGACUUGUAUGACUAUCUAAUGGAAACAGAUUUGGAACUCCAAGUUUGGGUGAUCUGGACCAGUUCCGAUGGGGACGGUGAAUCAAUGAGAAUGGAGCAGCUGAGAAUCGCGUCCAAUAGGCAAGAUUCGUUCGUUGCAAAACCUUUUGACCCACCCAGUCCUCGCCACGUGGGCUCCGCCUAUAUUAUGCUGUCCAAAUUACUCCAUCAUUCUGUACCAGCAUCGUCAGCCGAACCAGAUCCGGAUGGUUGCAAUCCACCAGCGAUUUCGGGCGACCCAUCUGGUUUAGCCUGGUUUUGCAGUGGUCAGAUAAACGAACAACCACUCCCCGUAUUCCCACUUUACCGUGCUGAUUCGGAAGAUCUUCAUGAAAGUUGGGUUGCCGUUCGGCUGGAGAUGCAUUGUUCUCGGACCCAGUUGCGUGCCAAUAUACCAACACGCCAACCCGCAUCAUUAUUUAGUAGUGUUGGCGCGUUGGGCUGGAAUCUCGGCAAAUUCAUGAAACGGAGAAUUUUACCCAAUUUAUUGCAAUCCGAUGUUGAAGGUACAAAUAAACCUGAUGACUCCUACACCGAGACCACGUUUCCGGCUGAAGUGACUGUGGAACGAGCGUUUCAUUUAAGACCGAAGGCUCUUAUGGAAAGAACAGGCAAACAAUCUCCGGAUGUUGAACAUGUUCCCAAGAAUGGUGUCGUGUUUGUCACAUUUCCGGUGGAUGGGGAUCAACCGGGAAACUUCACUUCUCACAAUGGACUUUGGAAUCGUUUGUGUCACAGUCAGACAUGCUCUCCCUCUCGACUAAUAGCUGCUACUGCUAAAGUGCCCUUCGACUCCUGUGUAUCGUGGGAUUACCGAAGGUUCGUGGUGUUGCCAACGUGGCUGCUAAAGGUCCAAACACGGCGAAAGCUAGUGUUUCAUGUUUGGUUUCAAAAAGAGAACUGUGAUGGCACGAACACAGUCUCCACUGCAAAUGAUUGGACAACAGCGCCAUCUAACACGCCAGAACUGAUUGGCAUUGCUUCGGUGGACCUUACCUGUUUGUCUGGCAUUAUUCCGACGACCACUCCGAGAGGACUGUACCAUGAACCUGGAAGCAGUAGCCGGUUGGACGCGGUAUAUGGAUGGUACCACGUGAUGGACGAAACAGGUACUGAACGUGGCCAGAUUUUGCUUGGAGUGAAACCACUUCUACCUAGAUUAGAAUCAGAUCAUGACUGUCCGGACAUCCAACACACGGAAUCGUUGGAUUUGCUGAAGGAGCAGCAGAUCCAGAAUGAUGUGGAUGCGCCAUUUGUGGAUAGUACUACCGUACAUCUUGCGCAGCUGUCAAAAAUUCGAAGUACGCUUUCACCAUGGCCGCUUGACAACCCACUGUGUUCCCCAUCAUCAGGACUACAGCUAGCGGCAGAAAGCAACCCGACACCACAAAACACUUCUAUCGACGAGAAUGAGUCGACCCAGUUGAAUCCAUUCGAACAACUGCACAAACAGCUUAAAGAACUGGAUGCCAUAAAUGCCAAGUUGAAACAACGUCUUACGCGUGGUGAUCCAGAUGGCUUGUCGGUUCAAAGUACCAAGCAACGUAACUCAUCCACUCCCCAAACCAAAAGUGACGUAGAUUCGACAUCGGCUGAGACAUCCGGUAGAAACACAGUUGAACUCAAGUGGGAGAAAGGGUGUGGUGCAUCUGCUUCCCAGGAACCUCUACCUCAUGAACAAGCUCUGUCGUUACCACAUGACCUGAACUAUCUUGCUGAUACAAUGCCAUGGGGCAAGCUACAACAAUCCAACCCAGUUGCAGUUGACUUUUUGAGUCACGGUAUUCGAUCUUUAAAAGCAAAUUCAUCAGAAAUCACAAAAGCAACAAUGUCCACAAAGGACGUCCCAUUCGGGACAAACUCGAAUUUAAAUUUGGAUGUGAGCUGUUCAAGUGAUUCUCAUGAAGACCUUGGUGUUGUGCCAACUAACAGGACAGGCGGCGAGGGGCAUCAUUUUGAAGAAAUCCAAGAGGUUGAGGUUAGUCAUGAAAAUUCUGGUAAUCAAAUCCCGGUGGAAUCAAAUCACAAUUCAAUUGAGGUGGAAAGAGUCGAACUUAAUGAUCCAUUUGUUGCAAGUAUUCACAGUGUGGAAGAUGAAGUAAGCGACCGGGAGAGUGUCGACGCUUCGCCGUUGCCUGCUUGGGAAACCACAGAAAGCACAAAACAGACUCCCGCGCAACCGGAAACGGAAGACUUGAAGGAUUUCGAAGUUGUGAUCCAGCGCCAAAACUUGAAUGGACUAAAAAAGUGCGAUGAUCCAGACCACUCCUGGCCGCCCAGUAACUCAUCAUCUCGUGAAGUUAUACCGGGUGAGAACCUAAUGCACAUGCCUUAUACAGAUGGACAUUCAGAUGAAGUCCCGGUCACAUGCCAAAGAUCCUGUUCUAGAAUGAGUGAAAACCCGGAGGAUUGCUCACCGGUUCCGAAGUUGUCCUCAAGCGCGACAUCUCCAUUACUUCCGACGUUCUUCCCUCCUUCGUCAGUUAUAUCUCAGGUUGUAUCCGGGAUACCAGCUCACAUGGACGUGCAUCAGAACGUACAAAAUGCUAGACUCAUUCGGCUGAGCGAACUGCGAUCGGGUAUCCAGGACGACUUGGGAGUCCAAAAAUCUAGAGAUGAACAAUUUGAGUCCAUUCGUAGACGCAUCGACUCCCGCAUUUCGGAUGCUGUGCGAAUGAUCAAUGAUGCGAUUGGACAUAGGACAAUAACCAAAAGUGUCGUCAGCGGCCCGGACAAUGAACAAUCGCAUUGA